AAAAAAAUAAAGAAACCUAUAAUCCUUUAACAUUAUUUAUUUAUCCCAUAAAAAACCCUAGCAGCAGUGGGUCGGGAAAGCGAGCUGAAUUGCCAUUGCACACCAUUCUCGUCGGAGAUUGCCAAUAUCGCCGGAACUCCUCAUUAAUAUAGAUGCUGUCAUAUAGGCACGCACAUUAAGUGUUUGAGUAAUUGUCUGCGACCAAGAGGCUGUUCAUUGCCAUCUGACAUUUUGGAAUGAUAAAAACUUUGGUUCUCCCCUGCAAGGCCUUUCUGCCUGGAAAGCUUGAAAGAUCUAACCAGGUGAAGUGCAAGGGAAUAAGGAUGGAGCUCACUAUAACGCGUCCUGAUGAUUGGCAUCUUCACCUUCGUGAUGGAGACCUCCUCAAAGCUGUUAUUCCUCACAGUGCAAACCACUUUGGAAGGGCAAUAGUGAUGCCAAAUGUGAAGCCUCCUGUCACUACAACAGCUGCAGCUGUGGCUUAUCGAGAGUCCAUCUUAAGUGCACUGCCUGCUGGUAGUGACUUCACUCCUCUCAUGACACUUUAUUUGACAGAUACAACUAGUCCGAAUGAGAUCAAGCUUGCAAGGAAAAGUGGAGCUGUAUUUGGUGUGAAGUUGUACCCUGCAGGGGCAACAACAAAUUCUCAAGAUGGGGUUACAGAUCUUUUUGGGAAAUGUCUACCUGUACUUGAGCAAAUGGUGGAGCAGAAUAUGCCUUUGCUGGUUCAUGGGGAGGUUACGGAUCCUGAAGUUGAUGUAUUUGAUCGUGAAAAGGUUUUCAUUAACACUAUUUUGCGACCCUUAAUCCAGAGGCUUCCACUGCUGAAAGUUGUGAUGGAGCAUAUAACCACUGCAGAUGCUGUUAAGUUUGUGGAGUCGUGCAAAGAAGGAUUUGUGGCAGCAACUGUCACACCGCAGCAUCUAUUGCUCAAUAGAAAUUCUAUAUUCCAAGGUGGAUUACAGCCUCAUAAUUAUUGUCUUCCAGUCCUCAAAAGAGAAAUCCACAGACAGACAAUUGUUUCCGCUGUCACCAGUGGGAGUAAAAGAUUUUUCCUAGGUACUGAUAGUGCCCCUCAUGAUAGACGAAACAAAGAAUGCGCUUGUGGGUGUGCUGGUAUAUACAACUCUCCUGUAGCACUAUCAGCAUAUGCCAAAGUCUUCGAAGAGGCUGGGGCUCUUGACAAGCUAGAGGCAUUUACAAGCUUUAAUGGGCCAGAUUUUUAUGGACUCCCUAGAAACACCUCAAAAAUAACAUUGAGCAAGAGUCCUUGGAAAGUUCCAGAUUCAUACUCGUUCUCAUUUGGGGAAAUCGUCCCAAUGUUUGCUGGAAAAACACUUGAUUGGAAAGCAUCCUUAAAUUGAAUCUGCUGUCAUAUUAAGAGUUAGAGGCCAUGAUUUUCCUUUUCAUCAUCAUUUCUUGCAGUGAAUUUCAAAGCCUAACAGUUCUAAGACUCCUUUGAAUCACUCAGCGUUCAUCAAUAUAUGAACAAGGUUAGAGAUUGUUCUGAACCAUCUUUUGCUUAUUUGUGCUUAGAAAAUUUUCAAUCGAACCACACUAUAUCUGUAAUCUUUAAGAUUUGUGGAUCGAGUUUAUAUGUGUAUGAUUUAUAAGUUGUCAUCCAUAGGCAAGUACCCCACCCCAAGAAUGUCAACUUGAUAUAACUAUGCCCUGAAAUUCAUUGUCCACUAAUAUUAUAUAUUUCUUGGGAAUAAGCAUAGAGAACUAUAACUAAUAAGCAAUUACAUAGCUGUAUACAGAUUAUGCUAUAUACUCAGCGUGUGUUAAUUGUUAUCAUUGAUAAUAUUUAUAUCAUUACAUUAAUAACAUGAUUAUAUGGUCAAUUACCAAAUAAUUUUAUUU